ACAACGUGCCAUACUAUGACGGUAGAGGGGUAAGAUCUGACCGUUAUUUAUCAAGUCAAUUAUUGCUGUCCUGUGAAGGUUGGAAAGAUUUUAAUGCCGUGUGUUGGUGCUUUGAAGGUGGCUACUUUCCAAGUGGUUUUAGCCUCCAGUGUUCAGCGCUCUUUCAUCCUGCUGAAUUAUGGAAACAUCUCACAGUUGGGACAAACCUGGCUGGCUGGUUACGACACGGUGGACUCGGUCAAUUCUUUCACUAUUAAAGUAAGCAAUGCCUCAGAACUCUCAUCCAGCAGCAAUACCAAUGUGAAUGGCCGCUCCUCUUUCCCAGUGGAUGGCUCAACAAAAGUGCCAAGCAAUUUCCUACCUUCAGACGAUGGACAAGCAGUGAACUCCACUGCCAACGAUGGAAGCUCAGAUGCCAUUUCCCUGCAGCAGCCUUUCAAAUACUUUGGACGUACAUACAGUCAGAUCUAUCUGAACAGCAAUGGAUACCUAACAUUUACUAAGCCGCUGCCUGCCUCCAACUCCUCCCUGAACUCUAAAAGAGAUAUCAUUGCUCCUCUUUGGACUCAACUUGACAGUAGACAUGGUGGAAGCACCUCCUACGUCCAUAAGCCAAGCAGUAAUGUACUGGCACAAGUCACUGCAGCGGUCAAGCAAUACUUCCCCAACAUACCUUUUGCAGCUACUUCAGCGUUUGUCGCUACCUGGAAGAGUGUGCCAUACAAUAAUAGUGGAGGGGUGGUCAAUUUCCAAGUGGUUCUCGCUUACAAUGUUCAUCGCUCUUUUGUCUUCAUCUAUUAUGGAGAUAUUGCAGAGACAGGACAGCCAUGGCAGGCUGGCUAUAGCACCGUGGACUCUGCUAGCUCUUUCCAAGUUCCAGCACGCAGUGUCUCGGAACUCUCAUCAAGCAGUAAUAUCAAGGUGGCAGGUUGCUGGGCUUUCCAGGUGGAUGGGUCGCCAAAAUUGCCAGACAAUUUCAUACCAUUUGGGAAUGGAGAAAUGGUAACACCCCGUUUGGAUAACGGCAGCUCUGAAGCCAUUAUACUGCAGCAGCCUUUCAAAUAUUUUGGACGCUCUCUGAGUCAGACCUUUGUGAAUAACAAUGGCCUUCUAACGUUUGCCAAGCCGCCGUCCGACUGCGUCCCCUUUCUGAACUCUGGAAGAGACCUCAUUGCCCCCCUGUGGACUCACUUUGACAACAGACAGGGUGGAACCAUCUCCUGUAGAGAGGAUACGAGCAGUGAUGUACUGGCACAAGUCACCGCAGCUGUUAAACAAAACUCCCCUAACGCAAAUUUUACUGCUUCAUCAGCUUUUGUUGCUACCUGGGACAACGUGCCAUACUAUGACGGUAGAGGGGUGGCUACUUUCCAAGUGGUUUUAGCCUCCAGUGUUCAGCGCUCUUUCAUCCUGCUGAAUUAUGGAAACAUCUCACAGUUGGGACAAACCUGGCUGGCUGGUUACGACACGGUGGACUCGGUCAAUUCUUUCACUAUUAAAGUAGGCAAUGCCUCAGAACUCUCAUCCAGCAGCAAUACCAAUGUGAAUGGCCGCUCCUCUUUCCCAGUGGAUGGCUCAACAAAAGUGCCAAGCAAUUUCCUACCUUCAGACGAUGGACAAGCAGUGAACUCCACUGCCAACGAUGGAAGCUCAGAUGCCAUUUCCCUGCAGCAGCCUUUCAAAUACUUUGGACGUACAUACAGUCAGAUCUAUCUGAACAGCAAUGGAUACCUAACAUUUACUAAGCCGCUGCCUGCCUCCAACUCCUCCCUGAACUCUAAAAGAGAUAUCAUUGCUCCUCUUUGGACUCAACUUGACAGUAGACAUGGUGGAAGCACCUCCUACGUCCAUAAGCCAAGCAGUAAUGUACUGGCACAAGUCACUGCAGCGGUCAAGCAAUACUUCCCCAACAUACCUUUUGCAGCUACUUCAGCGUUUGUCGCUACCUGGAAGAGUGUGCCAUACAAUAAUAGUGGAGGGGUGGUCAAUUUCCAAGUGGUUCUCGCUUACAAUGUUCAUCGCUCUUUUGUCUUCAUCUAUUAUGGAGAUAUUGCAGAGACAGGACAGCCAUGGCAGGCUGGCUAUAGCACCGUGGACUCUGCUAGCUCUUUCCAAGUUCCAGCACGCAGUGUCUCGGAACUCUCAUCAAGCAGUAAUAUCAAGGUGGCAGGUUGCUGGGCUUUCCAGGUGGAUGGGUCGCCAAAAUUGCCAGACAAUUUCAUACCAUUUGGGAAUGGAGAAAUGGUAACACCCCGUUUGGAUAACGGCAGCUCUGAAGCCAUUAUACUGCAGCAGCCUUUCAAAUAUUUUGGACGCUCUCUGAGUCAGACCUUUGUGAAUAACAAUGGCCUUCUAACGUUUGCCAAGCCGCCGUCCGACUGCGUCCCCUUUCUGAACUCUGGAAGAGACCUCAUUGCCCCCCUGUGGACUCACUUUGACAACAGACAGGGUGGAACCAUCUCCUGUAGAGAGGAUACGAGCAGUGAUGUACUGGCACAAGUCACCGCAGCUGUUAAACAAAACUCCCCUAACGCAAAUUUUACUGCUUCAUCAGCUUUUGUUGCUACCUGGGACAACGUGCCAUACUAUGACGGUAGAGGGGUGGCUACUUUCCAAGUGGUUUUAGCCUCCAGUGUUCAGCGCUCUUUCAUCCUGCUGAAUUAUGGAAACAUCUCACAGUUGGGACAAACCUGGCUGGCUGGUUACGACACGGUGGACUCGGUCAAUUCUUUCACUAUUAAAGUAGGCAAUGCCUCAGAACUCUCAUCCAGCAGCAAUACCAAUGUGAAUGGCCGCUCCUCUUUCCCAGUGGAUGGCUCAACAAAAGUGCCAAGCAAUUUCCUACCUUCAGACGAUGGACAAGCAGUGAACUCCACUGCCAACGAUGGAAGCUCAGAUGCCAUUUCCCUGCAGCAGCCUUUCAAAUACUUUGGACGUACAUACAGUCAGAUCUAUCUGAACAGCAAUGGAUACCUAACAUUUACUAAGCCGCUGCCUGCCUCCAACUCCUCCCUGAACUCUAAAAGAGAUAUCAUUGCUCCUCUUUGGACUCAACUUGACAGUAGACAUGGUGGAAGCACCUCCUACGUCCAUAAGCCAAGCAGUAAUGUACUGGCACAAGUCACUGCAGCGGUCAAGCAAUACUUCCCCAACAUACCUUUUGCAGCUACUUCAGCGUUUGUCGCUACCUGGAAGAGUGUGCCAUACAAUAAUAGUGGAGGGGUGGUCAAUUUCCAAGUGGUUCUCGCUUACAAUGUUCAUCGCUCUUUUGUCUUCAUCUAUUAUGGAGAUAUUGCAGAGACAGGACAGCCAUGGCAGGCUGGCUAUAGCACCGUGGACUCUGCUAGCUCUUUCCAAGUUCCAGCACGCAGUGUCUCGGAACUCUCAUCAAGCAGUAAUAUCAAGGUGGCAGGUUGCUGGGCUUUCCAGGUGGAUGGGUCGCCAAAAUUGCCAGACAAUUUCAUACCAUUUGGGAAUGGAGAAAUGGUAACACCCCGUUUGGAUAACGGCAGCUCUGAAGCCAUUAUACUGCAGCAGCCUUUCAAAUAUUUUGGACGCUCUCUGAGUCAGACCUUUGUGAAUAACAAUGGCCUUCUAACGUUUGCCAAGCCGCCGUCCGACUGCGUCCCCUUUCUGAACUCUGGAAGAGACCUCAUUGCCCCCCUGUGGACUCACUUUGACAACAGACAGGGUGGAACCAUCUCCUGUAGAGAGGAUACGAGCAGUGAUGUACUGGCACAAGUCACCGCAGCUGUUAAACAAAACUCCCCUAACGCAAAUUUUACUGCUUCAUCAGCUUUUGUUGCUACCUGGGACAACGUGCCAUACUAUGACGGUAGAGGGGUGGCUACUUUCCAAGUGGUUUUAGCCUCCAGUGUUCAGCGCUCUUUCAUCCUGCUGAAUUAUGGAAACAUCUCACAGUUGGGACAAACCUGGCUGGCUGGUUACGACACGGUGGACUCGGUCAAUUCUUUCACUAUUAAAGUAGGCAAUGCCUCAGAACUCUCAUCCAGCAGCAAUACCAAUGUGAAUGGCCGCUCCUCUUUCCCAGUGGAUGGCUCAACAAAAGUGCCAAGCAAUUUCCUACCUUCAGACGAUGGACAAGCAGUGAACUCCACUGCCAACGAUGGAAGCUCAGAUGCCAUUUCCCUGCAGCAGCCUUUCAAAUACUUUGGACGUACAUACAGUCAGAUCUAUCUGAACAGCAAUGGAUACCUAACAUUUACUAAGCCGCUGCCUGCCUCCAACUCCUCCCUGAACUCUAAAAGAGAUAUCAUUGCUCCUCUUUGGACUCAACUUGACAGUAGACAUGGUGGAAGCACCUCCUACGUCCAUAAGCCAAGCAGUAAUGUACUGGCACAAGUCACUGCAGCGGUCAAGCAAUACUUCCCCAACAUACCUUUUGCAGCUACUUCAGCGUUUGUCGCUACCUGGAAGAGUGUGCCAUACAAUAAUAGUGGAGGGGUGGUCAAUUUCCAAGUGGUUCUCGCUUACAAUGUUCAUCGCUCUUUUGUCUUCAUCUAUUAUGGAGAUAUUGCAGAGACAGGACAGCCAUGGCAGGCUGGCUAUAGCACCGUGGACUCUGCUAGCUCUUUCCAAGUUCCAGCACGCAGUGUCUCGGAACUCUCAUCAAGCAGUAAUAUCAAGGUGGCAGGUUGCUGGGCUUUCCAGGUGGAUGGGUCGCCAAAAUUGCCAGACAAUUUCAUACCAUUUGGGAAUGGAGAAAUGGUAACACCCCGUUUGGAUAACGGCAGCUCUGAAGCCAUUAUACUGCAGCAGCCUUUCAAAUAUUUUGGACGCUCUCUGAGUCAGACCUUUGUGAAUAACAAUGGCCUUCUAACGUUUGCCAAGCCGCCGUCCGACUGCGUCCCCUUUCUGAACUCUGGAAGAGACCUCAUUGCCCCCCUGUGGACUCACUUUGACAACAGACAGGGUGGAACCAUCUCCUGUAGAGAGGAUACGAGCAGUGAUGUACUGGCACAAGUCACCGCAGCUGUUAAACAAAACUCCCCUAACGCAAAUUUUACUGCUUCAUCAGCUUUUGUUGCUACCUGGGACAACGUGCCAUACUAUGACGGUAGAGGGGUGGCUACUUUCCAAGUGGUUUUAGCCUCCAGUGUUCAGCGCUCUUUCAUCCUGCUGAAUUAUGGAAACAUCUCACAGUUGGGACAAACCUGGCUGGCUGGUUACGACACGGUGGACUCGGUCAAUUCUUUCACUAUUAAAGUAAGCAAUGCCUCAGAACUCUCAUCCAGCAGCAAUACCAAUGUGAAUGGCCGCUCCUCUUUCCCAGUGGAUGGCUCAACAAAAGUGCCAAGCAAUUUCCUACCUUCAGACGAUGGACAAGCAGUGAACUCCACUGCCAACGAUGGAAGCUCAGAUGCCAUUUCCCUGCAGCAGCCUUUCAAAUACUUUGGACGUACAUACAGUCAGAUCUAUCUGAACAGCAAUGGAUACCUAACAUUUACUAAGCCGCUGCCUGCCUCCAACUCCUCCCUGAACUCUAAAAGAGAUAUCAUUGCUCCUCUUUGGACUCAACUUGACAGUAGACAUGGUGGAAGCACCUCCUACGUCCAUAAGCCAAGCAGUAAUGUACUGGCACAAGUCACUGCAGCGGUCAAGCAAUACUUCCCCAACAUACCUUUUGCAGCUACUUCAGCGUUUGUCGCUACCUGGAAGAGUGUGCCAUACAAUAAUAGUGGAGGGGUGGUCAAUUUCCAAGUGGUUCUCGCUUACAAUGUUCAUCGCUCUUUUGUCUUCAUCUAUUAUGGAGAUAUUGCAGAGACAGGACAGCCAUGGCAGGCUGGCUAUAGCACCGUGGACUCUGCUAGCUCUUUCCAAGUUCCAGCACGCAGUGUCUCGGAACUCUCAUCAAGCAGUAAUAUCAAGGUGACAGGUUGCUGGGCUUUCCAGGUGGAUGGGUCGCCAAAAUUGCCAGACAAUUUCAUACCAUUUGGGAAUGGAGAAAUGGUAACACCCCGUUUGGAUAACGGCAGCUCUGAAGCCAUUAUACUGCAGCAGCCUUUCAAAUAUUUUGGACGCUCUCUGAGUCAGACCUUUGUGAAUAACAAUGGCCUUCUAACGUUUGCCAAGCCGCCGUCCGACUGCGUCCCCUUUCUGAACUCUGGAAGAGACCUCAUUGCCCCCCUGUGGACUCACUUUGACAACAGACAGGGUGGAACCAUCUCCUGUAGAGAGGAUACGAGCAGUGAUGUACUGGCACAAGUCACCGCAGCUGUUAAACAAAACUCCCCUAACGCAAAUUUUACUGCUUCAUCAGCUUUUGUUGCUACCUGGGACAACGUGCCAUACUAUGACGGUAGAGGGGUGGCUACUUUCCAAGUGGUUUUAGCCUCCAGUGUUCAGCGCUCUUUCAUCCUGCUGAAUUAUGGAAACAUCUCACAGUUGGGACAAACCUGGCUGGCUGGUUACGACACGGUGGACUCGGUCAAUUCUUUCACUAUUAAAGUAAGCAAUGCCUCAGAACUCUCAUCCAGCAGCAAUACCAAUGUGAAUGGCCGCUCCUCUUUCCCAGUGGAUGGCUCAACAAAAGUGCCAAGCAAUUUCCUACCUUCAGACGAUGGACAAGCAGUGAACUCCACUGCCAACGAUGGAAGCUCAGAUGCCAUUUCCCUGCAGCAGCCUUUCAAAUACUUUGGACGUACAUACAGUCAGAUCUAUCUGAACAGCAAUGGAUACCUAACAUUUACUAAGCCGCUGCCUGCCUCCAACUCCUCCCUGAACUCUAAAAGAGAUAUCAUUGCUCCUCUUUGGACUCAACUUGACAGUAGACAUGGUGGAAGCACCUCCUACGUCCAUAAGCCAAGCAGUAAUGUACUGGCACAAGUCACUGCAGCGGUCAAGCAAUACUUCCCCAACAUACCUUUUGCAGCUACUUCAGCGUUUGUCGCUACCUGGAAGAGUGUGCCAUACAAUAAUAGUGGAGGGGUGGUCAAUUUCCAAGUGGUUCUCGCUUACAAUGUUCAUCGCUCUUUUGUCUUCAUCUAUUAUGGAGAUAUUGCAGAGACAGGACAGCCAUGGCAGGCUGGCUAUAGCACCGUGGACUCUGCUAGCUCUUUCCAAGUUCCAGCACGCAGUGUCUCGGAACUCUCAUCAAGCAGUAAUAUCAAGGUGACAGGUUGCUGGGCUUUCCAGGUGGAUGGGUCGCCAAAAUUGCCAGACAAUUUCAUACCAUUUGGGAAUGGAGAAAUGGUAACACCCCGUUUGGAUAACGGCAGCUCUGAAGCCAUUAUACUGCAGCAGCCUUUCAAAUAUUUUGGACGCUCUCUGAAUCAGACCUUUGUGAAUAACAAUGGCCUUCUAACGUUUGCCAAGCCGCCGUCCGACUGCGUCCCCUUUCUGAACUCUGGAAGAGACCUCAUUGCCCCCCUGUGGACUCACUUUGACAACAGACAGGGUGGAACCAUCUCCUAUAGAGAGGAUACAAGCUGUGCUGUACUGGCACAAGUCACCGCAGCUGUUAAACAAUACUCCCCUAACAUAGAUUUUACUGCUUCCUCAGCUUUUGUUGCUACCUGGGACAACGUGCCAUACUAUGACGGUAGAGGGGUGGCUACUUUCCAAGUGGUUUUAGCCUCCAGUGUUCAGCGCUCUUUCAUCCUGCUGAAUUAUGGAAACAUCUCACAGUUGGGACAAACCUGGCUGGCUGGUUACGACACGGUGGACUCGGUCAAUUCUUUCACUAUUAAAGUAAGCAAUGCCUCAGAACUCUCAUCCAGCAGCAAUACCAAUGUGAAUGGCCGCUCCUCUUUCCCAGUGGAUGGCUCAACAAAAGUGCCAAGCAAUUUCCUACCUUCAGACGAUGGACAAGCAGUGAACUCCACUGCCAACGAUGGAAGCUCAGAUGCCAUUUCCCUGCAGCAGCCUUUCAAAUACUUUGGACGUACAUACAGUCAGAUCUAUCUGAACAGCAAUGGAUACCUAACAUUUACUAAGCCGCUGCCUGCCUCCAACUCCUCCCUGAACUCUAAAAGAGAUAUCAUUGCUCCUCUUUGGACUCAACUUGACAGUAGACAUGGUGGAAGCACCUCCUACGUCCAUAAGCCAAGCAGUAAUGUACUGGCACAAGUCACUGCAGCGGUCAAGCAAUACUUCCCCAACAUACCUUUUGCAGCUACUUCAGCGUUUGUCGCUACCUGGAAGAGUGUGCCAUACAAUAAUAGUGGAGGGGUGGUCAAUUUCCAAGUGGUUCUCGCUUACAAUGUUCAUCGCUCUUUUGAUUGGGAGUGA